AGUGGAUAAAAAAAGAUGAAACUCAUGAAGUACAAACUGAGUUACACUUCAUAGCCCAAGAUUAUGCAUGCAGCAUGAAUGUAAAAGAAGAGUUGGAGGAGGGUGUGAAUAAAGAGUUUCUUGAAGACCCAUUAAAGGCUGGCGACCCUAGUGUUUGCGUAAAGCAAGACCCCGAACUGAAACACCAUGCUGCUGUAUCUGAGCGUAAUUCGGUUGAAGAUCCAUUGGGAAUAUCUUUGUCCACUGAUUUUAUCAAGGAGGAUCCUGAAUUAAAUAUAACUGAGAAUACUGUGGAAACCUCAACAAGAUACGCAUCUGAUAGUGCAAGAUUUACUCAGACUACUGGUGGGAGUUGCAGCAUAUCAUGUGAAGAAACUUGUCACCAUAGACUGGUCCAGGAUGAGUUGAUGAUAGAAAUGGAGAAGUCAACACAAGGGUUCAGUACCAAUACAGAAGAUGUGACUAUUGAUAAGGAAUGCUCAGUUGCCACCCAAUAUGACUACUCAUAA